CCUGAUAGGAUGCUCCACACAAGGGGCGAGAGGAAACAAGCUCCGGGGCUAUCCAUACUGGGGCUAGAGGAAACCAACUCUGGGACUCUACGGGGGUGGACUCGAAAGCAUGUCGGCGCGGUUAUUAUGGAAGAUUCUCCUAACGUUAUCCAGCCAAAUCAAGCUGUCGAAACAGCUGGUUUAAUCCGAGAAACGCGGGGAGCGAAGACGAAGCACGCAUCACCCUUCGGGUUCUAAUGGCUUCGAGCUCCGGGAACGAGGACGGAAACAAGGAGAGCGGUGCGUGGAGACUCGCAGGCCCAGUCUCGGAGCUCUCGCAGAAGCCGUGCCGCCUGAUGUACUCCCCGCUCGGACACCAGGCAGACGUCUGCCUCUUCCACGUCAAGGGGGAGUUCUUCGCGAUGGACGCCCGUUGUUCGCACUCCGGUGGUCCUCUCUGUGAUGGAGACAUUGAAGAGGCCAACGGGGUACUGCAGGUUUUCUGUCCAUGGCACGACUAUGAUUUCAAUCUGAGGACGGGCAAGUCGGGGACUGGGUUACAGCAAGAAGUGUAUGAGGUGAAAAUCCAGGAGGACUGUGUGUACGUGAAGCAUGCCAGUCCUCUCUCCUUACAGCCAUUCCCAGCAGUGAAGAAAAGCUGAACUCCUUCCCACAAAGGUCUUUGUGGGACCCCUUCGUGUAGCACUCACGCCAUAGUUUUCAAAUAUACAUUGGCCUAUAUAUAUAUAAUAAUAAUAAUUGGAGACAUCCCUGAGCCUUAUCUAUCAGUUUUGAUGGAGCUUGGAUAGAGUGGGAACACAAUGGACUCAGUUCACAGCCAUCUAUCAAGUCUGGAGACGACAGGAGUCAUGGCAUUUAAGUGAGAUGAUUGGUUAUCAGAGAGAGAGAGAGAGAGAGAGAGAGAGAGAGAGAGAGAGAGAGAGGGAGAGAGGGAGAGAGGGAGAGAGAGAGAGGGAGAGAGGGAGAGAGAGCUUCAAGCUCCACAUAAACUCCAGACUGGAUCUAACGGUUUCCGUGCCAAAGAUAAACGUGUAUUUGCCUUUAUUUCUAUUUCCCACGUUUAUGAAUUGAUAACUGCAAUGACCGUCCUUUAGCAAGUGCAUAACAUUGAUUAAAUUGCCCUGUUUAUUUAGAAGAUUUGAUUUAUUUCGUUUUUUUAUGACACCUAGCUUUGUAGUGGAUUCAGGAUGUUCACUAUACGCAUUUGAAAGUAAAAUCACAAUGUGAAUAACUCAUCGUUUUCUAUCAUAUGCAUGACGCAUAGUGAGGCCCUAUCUGGCCUAUUAGCCAAGCCUUUUCAAUUAAAAAUGUUAAGGUUUUCUUUUCUAUCACUAUUCAUCCAAAACAUAACUAGAGCCUUAUUUGUUAAUGUUUCCUCCUGGGGGAUAUUUACCUGUAAGUGUGAAGAUAUAUUAUCAGUUAAAACAUUUCAGACCUCAAAGUGAUUCAACUGGGGAAACAUGCAGGCACACACAUCCUUAUUUUUGUUGCUGGGAGCGGGCAUUAAUAUACCUUUAUGACUCCUCUGUUGGCCAGUUCACAGUUGAUUCCUCACUGAUGCGACUACAAUUGGUACUUCAUACUUGUAAUGCAGUCGUCGUAACAAAGUUGACUUUGAAAAGAGUAUAUGCAUAUGUGGUGUGUGUGUGUGUGUGUGUGUGUGUGAGUGUGGGUGUGCGCAUGUUUAUGUAUAUGUGUGUGGGUUUUGGUGAUUAUGUGCAUAUGUGUGUAUUUUUAGGAUGUUGACGCAAUGUGUUUGGCUCACUGACAUUUCCUUCGCAUGUUGCACUGGCCAAGAGUGUUGAUGGAGUGUCUAGCUCACCAUUCAUUUUGUUCUCCUCAAAUUUGGCUUCCUUUUUUUCGAGACCGCAUUGUGCUAAUAUUUCCAGUCACUAAACUUAUUUUAAAGGUCACAAAAUUAGGGCACAGGUUCUGUGGGCUGGAUGGAGAAGAAAAUCAAUUCUAAAUGUCUCAUUCUCUUGUGGAAGGCCACUAUUCAUUUUCCUGGAGAGAAAAACAUUUCUAAAUCUGUAUGUCUGUUCUAUGUUGUUUGAUGUUUAAGGGAACAAGCAUUUGUAGCUUCAGCAACACGCUUGUGUUUAAGAUGCUUAAACACAGGAUUGUUAAUUUCUCUCCCAGGCUGCAAAUUGUGUUAUUAGCUUCAUAUUAUUUCUAACGUUGGCUGUCACAAUGUGCAUCUUUGCAUUAUUGAUGUUGUUGUUUGAAGUAUUCAAAAUACUAACAGAAUCUAUGUACAAAUAUUUCAAUUACCUCAGUUGUGUUUGUAUUUUAAAAAUAACUUGACUUUGUCCUCAAAUCAAUGAAAUCACUGACUCGACAGUUGUUUACUCUCCUUUAAUUCUUAAUUACAUAUAAUAGAAAACAAAAAUUUAGACAAAGCAUCACCCAAAAAGUUUACAAAAACAUAUUUACAUGUUGUUCACAUGGUAACUUCAUACAAUACACUUUACAAAUCAAACCUUAAUUCAGCAAAAGAAGAAAAACAAUAACUUGAUAAAUGGAAUACAAUUAGUCAAUAGUGUUAUGCAAGAGUUGUGAUUGAUCGAUAUGAUGUUCAUGCGCCUUUCCUUAAAGAAAUCCAUUUCUGUGACUCGUUAAGGACCGCAUAGGAGGGUUCUGUGGUUCCGUCUUAAUAAGUUAUAUAGUCUCCUUCAAACUAGCCAGAUACAACCGAAGAGCACACUGCUGUUAUCCAUAGCUCUUCAUGCAGUUACAUUCCCAUAAAUCACCACAGGCCUAAAGCCGGUUGCUUCUUAUUAACCUUAAUGUUCAAUAAGUCUGCAUCAAUUAGGGGUUUAAAUGGUCCAUGCCAGCGUUUUAUACUAUAGUAAGAUGACAGUUUUACAAAAGGAAUGAUCUUGAGAUUAAUAAUGAAUGAAUUAUGUUUUGUUCGUCUUUCACGUUUAUAUAUACAUACUUGACAUGAGGUACCUUAAUAAAAUGAAAAUAGUAUGAAAUAUUAUCUUCAUUUUCAAUGUUAAGACGUGUUGUGGAAGGGUGACUGAAACUACCCUCCGAGAUAACGCAUUUUCCUUUGUGUUACCCAAGGUCUAUAUUUAUGCUUGUAGUGUUUUUUUAAAGUAUUUCAUGGUGAUUUGUUACAGUGAAGAUUAAAGAUGACAAUAUAUGUCAACCUCUUGCCCUUAAUAAUAAAUUAAUAUUUAUCUAACGUGUACAUGUACUCUCCAGAAUUAACCGUUUGCGCAUUUCUUUCAUAGAACCCGGAACUAUGAUUACUAAAUCAGUUCAUCUCAUCAUUUAACAUUGUUUUGCAUCAUCUUUAAAGUUUAUCUGAAGGCAAAGGAGCUGUUCACAUGAUGUGGAUGCAUUCACAGGCAAUGCUUGACAUAAUGCUAAACACACCGCCCUAUUAGUGUCCACUUGUACCACAAACUCCAACACAUGCCUUCUCUUUAUCAGGAGCCAACUUAUCUGUCAAAUCAUUUUCCUCUGUAAACAUCUUUUCCUACACAUGCAACCAAUUUCAAAGUCUGGAAUUCUGUGAGUGAUGGACUGUGGGGCCCAAAACCACUAAUAUUUUUCCCUUCAUUUUUUUUUUCCUCUGCCAAACUGCAUUAUCAUCCAUCAGUAUGUAAUCGUGAUCCACCUUUCCUCUUGAUGUUCUCGGACUUAACAUUUCCUUCAGUUGCUUAACAGCUGUUGGAAUUCCCUUGGUGACCUUGGUUUACACACACACACACACACACACACACAUACAAAUGUCACGUCUUUAUAAGAUUUGGCUCUCCGCAUCACCUGGACUCUUUUAUUUUCCUUUAUCUAGCACAGAGCCUGGAGGGCACAGGGAGUGAGUUUUUAACGGACCAGAUUUGACUACUUCCCUCGGGGACAGUAGUUAUGUGUGAAGUCAGUCGUAAUGGUCGGGGUCUCACACGUCCAGAUUAAGGGGCUGGCAAGAGCAACGUAACUAAUAAUGGAACUUGGGAGUAUCCUCUAGAACAGAAGCUUUAAGUCAUGGUAUAAAUAUCCCUUUUACAGACACACCUUGCAUUUUAAUCCACACCGAUAAAAAACGUUUUUUAUUGGAGAAUUUACGUCAUUAGCAUGAACUUGUGGAACGGAGUUAACCAAGACAAAAAGCUGAUGCUGCAACUAUUGCGAUUAUUAAAAACAUGUACCGCAAUACACUCACCAGAGGAGCAGUUAUGAGCUUAAAUCCAUCUGCACUUUGCUGAAAAUGUCUGAACCAUCUGAAUUAUUCCCAAAAGUACACGUGAUGUGUUUUCUGAUUAAACACAGCCCCCCUUGUUUACUUCCAGCCUUGCCUGAUUUCUCCAAGCUCUAGAGCCUACCUCAUUUGGCUUUGGGAUAAGGUCAGCUCCAGGGGAUUCCCCAUGGCUCCUCGAAAGCCCAUAAAGCUCCAGAAGUGACUAUGAUGGGGAUAAACAAGUUGUACCCAUUAUGGAGGCUGGAAGUUCCCUCCUCCUAUCUUACCAACUCAAAUUUACAUAACGUACUGAAUCCUCACCAGAAAGGGCCUCUUGAACCCUUGAAGUCUGAACAGGGAGAACUACACUGCCUUGUUAAUAAUUGCUUUUCUGAAAAAAAAGGACCAAAUACAUCCCUCUUGUAAAACCAUGUCCAGUAAAAUUAGGAGUGCCAAGACUUAGUGUUUUUUCUCCAAGAAAGAAACGCUCCACUGAGAAAUAAACCCGGAGUAAUGAGAAUGUUCUGGGAAGUUUAACGUAUUGAAUGAGAUUUACUGUGAAUAAAUCCACCAUGCAGUUGCAAAGAACGUUCGGACCAUAAAGAAAAAGGCAAUACACUGCUUUGGUUGUUGCCAAAAAAAAAUGUGCAGGUCUGCAACAUUGUUCUGAGAGUAUAUGGGUUUGCCGUAUGCAAGGUCGGCACCCUGCAAGGUUUCUCAAGUUAACAUGGUACAUCAUUAUUGCACUUAAAUAUUCAAAGACA